AUGUUGAUCUACACUGACAUUGUCUCUAACGACGAGUUGUUGUCCGACGCUUACGACAUCAAGGAAGUUGACGGUGUCGUUUUGGAGGCCGACUGUUCCAUGAUCAAGAUCAAGAACGGUGGUGAUGUCGACAUUGGUGCCAACCCUUCCGCUGAGGACGGUGCUGAUGACCUCGAGGAGGGUGUUGAGACCGUCAACAACGUUGUCCACUCCUUCAGAUUGCAGCAGACCUCUUUCGACAAGAAGUCUUUCUUGACCUACAUCAAGGGUUACAUGAAGCAGGUCAAGGCUCACUUGUCCGAGAACGCUCCAGACCAGGUUGAGGUUUUCGAGAAGGGUGCCCAGGCUUACGUCAAGGAGAUCAUUGGCUCUUUCAACGACUGGGAGUUCUUCACUGGUGAGUCUAUGGACCCAGACGCCAUGAUUGUCUUGUUGAACUACCGUGAGGACGGUACCACUCCUUUCGUCGCUGUGUGGAAGCACGGUGUCAAGGAGACCAAGAUCUAA